UGCAUCCAGUUUCAUGUUUAAAUGCGUGCGUGAAGGUUGAAUAUAUCGAGAGUGCGAAAUACAAAAAGGAGCCCUGGUCCCCCAGCGUAGCAAAACCCCCGAGAAGUGGGUCAAAAUUAUACGGAAAAACUAAAUGAAAACAACAAACGCAGCAAACAUGAAUUAAAAUUGUUGAAACCGCACAGAAGCAUACGCACAACCGCGCGCAUACAUAUUUUAAGCACGCACAACGCUGUUCAAAUAUAAAGAAAACUUGAGAGUGUCUCGUUGACUGCCAAGGGCCACGCCUACAACGCUGUUGCCACUUAUCGUAACGUGAUCUCAAUACAGAACAAAAUCUUAUGAUGGAACUCUUGUCAAACAAUACGGUUCCACAACAAAUGGUCAACAGUAAUGCGCCAAGCGCGGUCGGCGCCGUCGGAGGCGGCAGUGGCUCUGGCGCUCCCAAUGCCGGCGUCGGCGUUAACGGCGGCAGCGGUAGCGGCAGCGGCAGCAUCAGCAGCAACGCCAGCAACUCAUCGGAACGACUGCUCGCCGGCAUACUGGAAUCAUUUCCCGCCUGGGAUCUCAAUGUGGGACUCAUGCCCAAUGUGGGCGCAGCCAAUGGUUCGCCGCCUCGCACGGAUUUCUUUAUCAAUAACUUCUUGGGCGGCCUGGACACACAUGGGGAUCAUUUUGGAAUCGGACCGAUCGGAAGCGGCGCCUCGCGUCACUCGAAAAUGUCCCCGGAGUCGUCGAACAACUCGAGCAUCAGCUGUGGCUGGUGCGAGGUGAGCGCCUCGAUCCGUUGCUUGGAGUGCAACGAAUUCAUGUGCAACGACUGCUUGCGCGAGCAUCGCAAUAGUCCAUUGUCCUCGAAUCACUCGAUCGUCUCGCUGCCGACGCCGAUUGGCGCCUCCCCAACUGGCGGCAGCUCGUCGAAUGUCCAAACGCCAUCGAGCAGCAACUACAUAUGUGAUAUACACAAUGAGAUGCUGCGCUACGUCUGCGACUACUGUCGCAAGUUGGUUUGCCAAUUUUGCACGCUGCACGAGCACAAGGAGCACAGCUAUGCCUCGAUACAGAACUUCAUGAUCGGGUCCAAGGAGAAGCUGGAAGGCGCCAUCGAGAGCAGUCAGGUGGGCACGCGCUGCAUCAAGAGCAGCAUCGAUAAGGCGCUCGCUUUCAUACGCCUCAUCGAGCGCAAUUGCAGCGAGCUGAGCGACAACAUCCGCAAAGCAUUCCGACAGUUCAUCAUCGCCAUCGAAGAUCGCGAGCGAUUCCUCUUGGACUUCGUGGAGAAGCUGCGCCAGCGUCGUCUGGCCAUACUGCAUGACCAGAUGGCGGGCCUGAAGUCAGCUCUGGCUGGUCUUUCGGAGACAUCGGACAUGCUCAGCAAGGUGGCCGAAAAUGCGUGUAGCAUGGACCAAAUCGAGUUGGCCAUGAAGCUGACCAAUGGCCAGCGACAGAUGGAGCAAUUCGCGGGCAUCUACAAGGACUUGCAGCCCAAGCAGGAGGUGUUUGCCUUUGCGCCGCCCGACUACAGUCUGCUGCAGGACAUACGCACACAGGGCGGCGUUAUCCUAGUGGACGACAAGAACAUGCCCAUUGUCUCGAGCAGCAAUGGCAUCGUGGCAAACGCCGCACCAGCUGCGGCUCCAACUGCGGCCAACAUUGAUAUGGCCUUUGGCCUGACCAGCUUGGCCAGCAAUGGAGCCCUGAACGUGGCCUCGACCACUGUGCGUCGUCCCUUGCUCCGCGACAACAGCUUCCGCAUACCCUCGCCGAUCAUGCAGCCGGCUAGAGUGGGCAGCUCCUGUGGCAUGUCCAGCGCCGCUUUGGACUGGGAAUUGAACGGAUUGCGCAGCUCGCCGGGUCUGCACUUCAGUGCACCGCGCACCACGCAGGCCAUACCGGGCUGCAUGGAUCUGGUGAAGGUGCGCAAUUCGAACGCGCUCUCACUCUCGUUUGCCACCGAGGGCCAUGAGGACGGCCAAGUGAGUCGUCCGUGGGGCCUGUGUGUGGAUAAGAUGGGGCAUGUGCUCGUCUCGGACAGACGCAACAAUCGUGUUCAGGUUUUCAAUCCGGAUGGCUCGCUCAAGUUCAAGUUCGGACGCAAAGGUGUUGGCAACGGUGAAUUCGAUUUGCCUGCCGGCAUCUGCGUCGAUGUGGACAAUCGCAUCAUCGUCGUCGACAAGGAUAAUCAUCGUGUGCAAAUCUUCACAGCCAGCGGCGUCUUCUUGCUCAAGUUCGGCAGCUAUGGCAAAGAGUAUGGACAGUUCCAAUAUCCAUGGGAUGUGGCUGUGAACUCGAGACGCCAAAUUGUGGUCACCGACUCCAGGAAUCAUCGCAUACAGCAGUUCGAUUCCGAGGGACGCUUCAUACGGCAAAUAGUGUUCGAUAAUCACGGGCAGACGAAGGGCAUUGCCUCGCCGCGAGGCGUUUGUUACACGCCCACGGGCAACAUAAUCGUGUCCGACUUUGAUAAUCAUUGUCUAUAUCUAAUCGAUCCGGAUAUUAAUGAUAUUUUGUCUGUGAAAGGACAUGAGGGCUCUGGCUUUCAUGAGUUCAAUCGCCCCUCGGGUCUUUGCUGCGACGACGAGGGUCGUAUUAUAGUCGCCGAUUCCAAGAAUCAACGCAUACUCGUCUUCAAUCAAAAUCUAGACUUUAUGUGGGAUAUUGAAGUGCGUCCUUCUAUCAAUCCCUUAAUGCCACCCACAUUGGAUGAAAAGGAUCGCACCUGCGAUGUGGCUUUAAUGCCAGACGGACGCAUAGUCUUUCUCAUCGAGCUAUCGCCAGACUCCAAGGAAGGGUCUAACCCUUACAAGCGGUUUGUGCACGUAUUCUAAAACCUAGUUUAUCAAAAACAAA